CGCGCACGUGCAGUUUGAGUCUGUUUCGUGACGCUGAUUUUUGUUGUUACUCAAAGGCAGCAGCAGAUAUAUAAACAUAUUGCAAUAAUGUAGUAAUAUUACGUAAAGAAGAGGGACGUUAACCCUGUCAAGAGCAAAUACUUCAUGACGUCGUCGUCGUCGUCCGCGGUUUGAGGAGUGUUUGUCGAAGUCCCACGGCUCUUUAUCCUGGUUGGCUAACUUGGUUAGCUCACAGCUACGUGCUAGCUGGGAAGAAGCGAUGCGGCUCAGUUUAUUCUGAAGGAAGCUAGUUGUGCUAACGUUAAGAUGUGGCAGAGUGUCGGGCUCACACUGCUUGUCAUUGUGGCCACACUUUUCUGUGUGCUGCUCUUUAUGCUACUGGGUUGGUAUGUAGUCUGGCAGCUCUUCCUGUCCAAGUUCAAAUUCCUCCGUGAGCUUGUUGGAGAUGCUGGUACCCCGCAGGCUGAAACUCAGCCAUCUGAAAACAAGAGUGACCGCUUUUCUAACAACCCUCCACGAAAUCGACUCAGGACUGCACGCCAAAGAGCUGCCUCACCAGAAAGUAAUUCAUAGAGCAUCCAGAUGGCCUGUGUUGUCUUUAUAUGUUUGUCGGACACUCAUCAGAGCUCUACAGGUGUUACAUGUGACCUUUUUAAAAGAUGUUCCACUGUCCCAGGACACUUUAUACCGACCAGUUGGAGCUGGUUUUAAAAGGAAAAGCCAUUUAAGCUGCUGUCUAUACUUCUGUGCCACCUGUCCAGGUGUGUGUGUGUGCGCGCGCACAUUAUAUUAGUGAUCAACAGCGAUGUGGACCCAGCCAGGACUGUUGGGUUUCACGAGCUGCCAAGCUGCUUCCUGCCACUCAGAUGGAGCCUGAAGAACCUCCAUCACACAGACAUAAGUUGCAUCUUGUUGUUACAUGUGCACACAUUUUGUUAGACUUU